CACUGCGGUCAACAACAACUUCCGACCCCUGUCACUGGCUAGACCGACAGGCGGAAGAAAACACCGCCACACACACUCUCUCUGUUGGGCCCAGAAGACUCUGUUGUUGUGUACGCCCAUCGCGACUUGAGGUCAACUUGUCCCGCGUCGUGUACUCUAUACUACCUUACACUUUGUCUAGCCGGCCUCAUCACGACACAAACCUAUUAUUGACCGUUCUAGUGAACUUGGCCUCACCUUCAAAGGAACUGAGAGCUAGCAUCUCUGUUUUAUCUUCUACAGACUGAUCGUAGUCAUCAUGGUCGCGACAUUUUCGCCGCACCGUGAUGCGGGUGGCACACUACACCUGCCUUCGCACACGGGCAUUCACCAUAUGGAUGCUAACUCGGCCAUUCGACAACUGCGCCGGUCACUAUCUCGUUCACCUUCGAAGAGCUCCAACUUCUCCUUGCUCGCUUCUCGAGGUCAUUCGCCGUCCAAGACAACGCCAUACAUCUCGUCGCCUUUGUCACCUUCACGAAGAUCCACCCAGAGCAACUUUGUCCUUUUCCCCAGUUCCUCUCACCAGUCUCCAUUCGCAGUCCCAUAUCACCCAACCGGAAAGAUCACGAGGCCAACCAUGCGCCGUGUGCGGACCUCUCCGAGGAGCCCCGUGAAGCGUGCUUUGAACGUCUCUACGGACCAGGGAAAUGCAAAGCCUGCGCCGUCAGUCCCAACAACACCUGGCGUGGAGAACACACCCUCAACACCUGGACUUGUUCAACCCGACAACACGGCUAGAGACAUCUGUCCAAGUGACACGCCUGCAUGCGCAGAUUCCACCUUGGGACCCCGCCCAGCCCUUUCCCGCAUUGAGAAACGCAGGAGUGGCACGUUUGGCUCAUACGCCACGGUUAGCCCGCUGAAACGGAGCGACGGAAUUAUGAAUCUAGAUCGAGUGUCUCGCGGCAGUCCAUCGGCCAAAAGACGAAGCGUCCAGGCAGCAAGUUUAUCGGGCGAAUUUAGCAUCUUUGAUAAUGAAGUCACACCGAACGCUGCUGAAGAGCCUGAAGAAGAAGCUUCCCCAGAGUCGACCACACCUUCCUUCCCUCCCCCCAUCACACCGUUCAGCCCGUUUGCCACCAUUCCCAAACGGUCCUCCUCUCUACGGCGGUCAACUUUACAGCAGCGUCAAAGUGAUCGCUCUCUUUUUGCUCGGGCGAAGGCCAUGGAUGAUUCACCAGACGCCCUAGACAAUGGGACCCCGCUCUCAGUUCGACCUCGCAUGUCUUUGGAUCAGAAUCUUUUCCAGCCAAACCGAGACAGUCCGUUCUUGUCACGACCGUCGCCAGGUACCCCAUUGUUUGCGUCGACGGGUAACAACGCCGAACAGCCCCGACCUUCCGCUCAUCCCCUGUCCAGAACAAUCACACAAUCGUCCUCAAGUUCGAGUCUUGGAGACGACUCUCCGACCCACGAGCCUGUUCACAAGGGUGAUCGUCCCAGAGGGAUAAUAAACUUCUCCAAGUCCCUCCCCGCGGGAACCGCUCGGCCUGCGCCGGUGCGGCAUCUUAACCGCGAGGAUUCGACCUCGUCCAUCGACUCCUUUGCCACGCCUGAGAAUUACAAAUUAGUCAAGCCUCUCCCAGCGGCGUUCAUGUCGACUGGUCUCAUAUCCAAGAAGAACCGUAAUGCCGACGAUCCCCAGAACACGCUAGGGUUUAGCAAGAAUAUGCCCGACACCCCAUGCAAAAGACCAAUUAACCUCUUCCCUACUGGUGGAAGAGUACAGCCAGAACGGCCCUUGGAGAUGUCAGGCUUGGUUCGGCAAUCAGACACAAUACCCCCGUCACCCUUCAAUCCUUCUAGCACACGCCCAAAAUCCGGACCUUUUGCGCGAGGCAUGGGGAUUUUUGGAAGUUCCUUCAACAGGCCCGAGGUUUCCCGACGCGGAAGCUUUGCUAGCAUCGACGGCGAUGACUUAUUACCAUCUCAAUCGCCCUGCGGCCGCAAUAGCCAACCACUAAGCGAGAACGACUUCCCACCAACACCUACCAAGCAGAGCUUUUUCCCGUCUCGAACCUAUCCGCCUCCAGUCUCGCAGAUUGCCUCUCUUGAGCGAUUGGCGGAGGCCAAAGGCACCAAUUCAAGUCCCUUGCACGACAGGUUCCAGCGUGGCUCUCCACGUACGCCGCAAGACCAUCUCUUCCCCGAUCCAAGUGGAUUAUCAAUCUCGAAUGAACAGCAAUCAGGUCAGCCCGACUUCAAUUCUUCGAAUCUGCCAGCAACUCCAACUGGCCCUCGUGAUUCCUUCCAGUCUGGAAAACGGCCCAGCCUUCCGUUGGCUGGUUACCAUGCGCCAGAUGUCGAUCCCAGUCUAACUUCACGGUUUGAACGCGUAGAACUUGUUGGAACUGGUGAAUUCUCUCAAGUAUACCGUGUUUCCGAACCUCACGACACAUCGAUCUCUACUUACCCGAGGGAGAUGUUCCCUCCCAAAGUGGUGCCCGAACAAGUAUGGGCUGUCAAGAAAUCGAAGCAGCCAUAUUCGGGUCUCAAGGACCGCGAACGCCGUAUUCGUGAGGUCGACAUACUCAAGUCGUUGACAAACUCGGACCACAUCAUCUCCUUUAUGAACAGUUGGGAGGACAACGGCCACCUUUACAUUCAGACAGAAUUCUGUGAAGAAGGCAGCUUGGAUGUAUUCCUUGCGCAAGUUGGGCUCAAGGCAAGGCUGGACGAUUUCAGAAUCUGGAAGAUAAUGCUGGAACUAUCAAUGGGUUUGAAACAUAUCCAUGACAUGGGAUUCAUUCACCUUGAUCUCAAGCCAGCCAAUAUUCUAAUUACCUUUGAGGGCGUGCUCAAGAUUGCCGAUUUCGGUAUGGCCGCACGCUGGCCAGCAGAAGACGGCAUCGAAGGCGAGGGCGACCGCGAAUACAUUGGACCAGAGAUCUUAAUGGGCCGCUAUGAUAAACCAGCGGACAUCUUCUCUCUGGGUCUCAUUAUGUUCGAGAUCGCCGGCAAUGUUGAGCUGCCUGACAAUGGCCUCUCGUGGCAGAAGCUCCGCAAUGGAGACAUGAGCGAUAUCCCUAGCUUGACCUGGAGUUUUGAGACCAGCGUCUUCCGCGAUGCGUCCGGUAAUCCGAUUUCGGAGGAACCAUCGUUCGAAGAGCUCUGCACCUCAGACUUUGGCGAGGAUGAUUACGGCGUGGACAGCUUCCUCGGAGGUCGCACAAGCAAGCGGGACAUGACCUCUACGGCUCGAAUUGGCGAGCUUGUUGAUCCCCCUAGCUUCAUGGUCGACGCUAGCCAUGAGCAGGCUUUGGACAAUAUUGUGCGCUGGAUGAUCUCGCCUGAACCGCUUGACCGACCCACUGCGGACCAAGUGCUAGAAACGUACGGGGUCCAAUUCGUCGCCCGCCGGCGUCGUGCGGGUGCCACCGUUUACGAAGGUAACUGGGGCCCUGCCGAUGAGGUCCUGGCGGAAGACGCCGAGAUGAUCGAUGUUUAAUCACCACGACUUGACAUAUCUAGUGCAUUUGGACGGAGUUGGCGCUUUCCCUUUACAGUACCAUCUAAUGACGGCGUUUAUGCGGAGAACCGAGCUUUUGAUAUUAAUGCCUCUUUUCUCUCGAUGACCUUGAUGU